AUGCGGCAACACGAAAUUCUAGGCCAGUUAACUCAGCAACUGCUAAACAGUCCAGGAUUUCAAGAACAGCUCUUUUCUGACGCGGCGGACAAGCAAUACUACGUGGCUGGAACAGUAAAUGGGACGGUGGUAGAAGCUCUUCCCGAUACUGGAGCUGAUGGAUGCUUCAUAUCAUCGAAACUAGCCUCUCAUCUUGGCCUUCGUCCUGUUCCGGGUACACAAAAGAGGAUAUCACUUGCUAAUAAUAAGAUCGUUGAAUCUCCUGGGAUGGUAAAAGUGCCGUGGGAGUUCGCCAGGGAGCGAACGACGCACACGAUAACCUGCUGGAUCCUCCCAGGAUGCAUACGUGAUCUAGUCCUAGGAAAUCAUUUUUUACGAGCAACAUAUACUCUGACAAAAUUCCGCAACCGCAUCAAAUCUAAGCUCCUUGGGGUGUCCAAACGACUUUCGUUGAGCUUCUUGGGAAACGAGAAGCAACGUUUGCGAGGAUAUCUCAACGGUCAUUUGGCUACAGCACUCCCAGAUACAGGCUCUGACGCCAUGUUUCUCAAUGGAGAAUUUGCCCGGAAGCUUGGGCUAGAUAUCGACUCCAAUGUCAGAAAUCUGGUUGAAGUCGAACUGGCUGAUGGAUCCACAACCAUGACAAGUGGCAUCGUGCGAGAUGUACAGUGGAAAGUGGGCAAGACGACAGUACAGUGCAACUUUUAUGUACUUGAGGAUCUGUGCGCAGAUAUUAUUCUAAGCAACACCUAUUUGUUCGAUAUGAACAUAUUCUCAGAGCAGGAGAAACACUUUUUCGAUAUCGACUCCGAGGAUCAUUUUAAGAAUUAUCUCUUCCAUUUUUGCAAUCUCCAACUGGAACAACUGGAACAAUGGGAAAAACUGGAAGAGCUCCACAAACGAGAUGAGAAUCGCGACAGAAUAAUGCGGUUGCCUGAAGACCAACAAGAAAAAGCCGCACAAGACGAGAAAGCGCGGCAGCAAUGCUGGGAAGCCUUGAAAAAAGAGCGUAAAGCGAAAUGGGCGGCUGGAUCACAUACGACCAAGGAGAACGUUCAGAAUGGCGGCAGCUUGAUAGGUCGGUUGAAGAAGCGACUCCGUAUAGGUGUUGCUCCGAGGAAGGUAGCAACUUAA